CACAAAACCCUCCCUUUUGCCGUCUCCCCUGCCCCCACAAACAUCCGACAGUCUCAUCAGCCUCUCCGCCUUUAGCCGCGCUACCACCACCAGAGGUCCAGAGCUCCCGAGCUUCGGAACUCCACGGCAGCAGCCACUAGCUCCACCACUACCACAAAGCUGCGGCGGGAGAUGGAGCGGCUGAACACGAAGCUGUACCUGCAGAACUGCUACAUCAUGAAGGAGAACGAGCGGCUGCGCAAGGCGGCCCUGCUGCUCAACCAGGAGAACCAGACCCUGCUCUCCGAGCUCAAGCACCGCCUCGCCAAGUCCGCCGCGGCCGGCGGCAACAACAACAGCAACAACGGGGCAGCGGCGGUGGCGGCGGCGGCUAACCGCGCGUCGCCGAAGCCCGGGAUCGACGCCGCACCGCCGGCUCAGGCCGGCGGCAAGGGCAAGCCUGCACCCAAGCCCAAGUAGGCAGCCCAUCAUCGCAGCUCGAUCACGAGCUGGCUGGUGGUGCAUACGCGGUGUCUGCUAGAGCUGGUGUCGUCCUAGUGGCCUUCAUGGCGUUGGGUUUAGUCAGUUAGCUCUGGGUGUUGAUUUUCAGAAAGGUUUAGUCGUUUAAUUUUAGAGUUGAUGGAAAUCUCAAGAGUCCUGCCCCGACGGGCACUGGUGUGUAGCAGAUGCCCAUGUAAUGAUGAAUGGAUGGCGACUAGAUCGGUUGGGGGU